CUAUAAUUUUAGACAUUAACUAAGUAACCUGCGCAAAAAAACUCAAAAUUACCUAAAAAUCUUUGAAUUUCAUCAAAAGGCGGACAAAAAUGAACGAAAAUCCGCCUUUAUUGUAUUGCCUUCUCGAUCUCGGCAUAAAAAUCGACAAAACUGCAAAAGAUUCACAUGAUUUUGUAUUUACUUACAAGAAAGAAUGUUUCAUCGCUGGAUCGCACGAGAAAUUAAUCGUCGCUAAAGAGAUCAUUUCAGACACUGCCAAACUAAAUGAGUUCCAUUUAGAUGUCCGCACAGAUGUUUCAGACCCUCACACGGAGUACUUAAGUUUAUUUUUCAACCCUUCCGAGGGUCUUCAGCACUUUAGUUCGACACAAAAGGAACGAAUGGUCGCCAAAACAUUCCAAACUGUCAAAAACGACGAAGGAAAGUGGCUGGAAUCACAAAUUUCCAUGGAAAUUGAUGACGAUUCACGAAACGAAGCUCAAAUUUUGUACGAACGCUUGAAACGGGCACAUGAACCAGCUUCCAACGAGGACUUGAAUUACUUACAACACGACGAUUUGCAUCCAAAACUACGUCCGUACCAAUUAAGAGCCGUAAAAUGGAUGAUAAAUCGCGAAUGUGUCCCAGAUUUUGUUGAAAUUCCCUUUAUUGAGCUAAAAACCGAAAGAUUUCCUGACGUCACAUUUUUCAUGGAUCGCUUUACGAUGCGAAUCACUGACUACCAACCAAAAAUGCGACAAAUUCCGGCAGGCGGCUUGUUAUGUGACGAAAUGGGGCUCGGAAAAACUGUGGAAAUGCUUUCUUUGAUACUUCAUCGCAGGCGAAAUGGUGAAUUUUCGUCGCCGCAAUUCGAUAAAAGCGAAAAAUAUCACGAAAAAUUCGUCGUAAAGUCGAAUUCGGUGACAACGCAUUGCAUUUGCUUCAAGACAUCGACACGGGCGAAGCUUAUUUUGUGUCAGAAAUGCAAAACGGCGCAACAUUUGGACUGCGUUAUGCAACAUGCGACAUUUCGGAAGACUUUUGAUGACUACGAAUGUCCGGAUUGCUGGAAAAAGUCCGGAAAAAUCGUCGAAUCGAAGGCAACUUUAAUUGUUUCGCCACUUUCCAUCAAAUAUCAGUGGUAUUCGGAGAUAAAACGACACAUCAAGGCUCAUCGCGGUUUUCGGGUCUUCAUCUACGAAGGCGUCAAAAAAUCUGGAUGGAUAUCGCCGCAGGAACUUGCCUCAUAUGACGUCGUUUUAACUGAUUACAACGUUCUGAGCUCGGAAAUUUAUUUCACAAAAAUCACUGAAAGACAACUUCGUCGCCCCUCGCUUUGUGCAAAACCAGUUUCGCCCCUCCCGAUGAUUAAAUGGUAUCGCACAUGCUUGGAUGAGGCUCAAAUGGUGGAAAUUCCGACAAAUCAAUGUGCGCGCAUGGUGAAUUCACUGCCGGCAAUGCAUCGAUGGGCUGUGACCGGAACUCCCAUUGAAAGGCACGUUUCGACGCUCUACGGACUGAUUUUCUUCCUCGCUUACGAUCCCUUCAACAAAUUGUCCGUUUGGAAUUUUUAUUUGCGGCAGUACAAUGAGGGAAAUUACGGACCUCUGAUCAAAAUUUUGCAAAAAGUCAUGUGGCGAACGUGUAAAGUUGAUGUCAUGGAUGAAAUUGCGAUUCCGCCGCAAUCGGAGGUUGUGCAUUACGUUGAAAUGAGCGAUUUGCAGAGAUUUUUCUACAGGAAUGAACAUUCGCAGUUUAGAGAUGUGUUCCAUGAGAAGGCAGCGAAGAUGUCGGGGAGUUUAACAUCGGGGAUGAGCACUCAUAUGAUGAAAGUGUUAAUGGAACCCCUGCGUAAAUUACGUCAAGAUUGCACCGUACCCAGUAUUUUUUCACGUUCAGCGAACUUUGACACUGCCAAGAAGCUCCUGACGCCCACCGAACUGAACAUUCACAUGAUCAAAAAUACCGAAAUCGAGCUAAAAACGUGUCUUCGCACCAUCAGUUCAAGUCUCAAUGGUCUCGCCGCCUGCCACAUCAUGCGAAAAGACUACAAAUCCGCCAUCAAUUCGUACCAAAGUGUCCUCAAAUGGGCUGCUGACUACAACGACAAGAAAAUUCACGUCGACACUCUCUUACAAAUUCAUGCCGUGCACAACAUGCUCGAUAUCGCGAAACAUUUGCCGCCCGAAGAAAACUUCAAUCGACCUCAAUACGAAGCAAAACUCGCCGAACUCGAAUGGAAAUACAUCGAAACGUACAAAAAUACCGUAAAAGAAGUCGAAGACCGGCUUUUGAACGUUCAACACGAUUUACGAGAAAUGCCAAUUAAGGAACUUUCGAAUAAAGGAAACGCCUGGUGGCUUUACGCGUUGCACGAAACCCCGCAUAAAGAUGCAAUUCUGGAAAAAAUCACGCUCGACAUGAAGGAUGUCGGAAUGAAUUUCGAACCGAAGACUUUGCAUGCGGUAGAUUAUCAUCUCGCGACAUGGAUUGACAAAGUAAACUCCGCACGGCGUGAAAUUAAGAAGAAAUUUCAGGAUUUGGCGUAUUUUCAUGCCAAUUUGAAGCCAAAAAGUAAAUUAACGGAAGAUGAAUUAUUCAAAAUUGCAUAUUUGGUUGGAACGGCGUACGAUUGUCAUUUAUUUGUGAAUUUUGUCGAGGUAGAAGACGAUGAGGAACGUCCCGAACCGAAGCGUACAUGCCAAAUGUGUCGAACGAAAGCAAAAUUGGAUGAAUAUGAAUGUCUAAUUUUUAACAAACAUCAAUUUGGAGACAAUGAGGUGCGGGGAAGUUGGAAUCCGUGCGAACAAGAGUACAUUUUAAAGACACUUUUUGCUUUCGCCAAAAGAAAUCGUUUCACCAGAGACAUCCUUGAAGCCGCCGACACCGAGCUAAAAUUCCUCGAAGGCAUCAAAAACGAAUUCAAAGAAUACUCUCAGUACUGGGUCGAGAUAAAUUACACCGUAUCCGCCUACGACGAGCUCAACAUGUGCAAAUCCCGCUUGGAAGACGUCGACAUGAUGGAUGAAGACCUUCCCGCUGACUUGGAUGUGCGCAAAAGUAACAUGCGAAUACCGCGUCACAUGAUCCUCGAAGUUCAAAACGAGAUGCAAAUGGAAAAAGCGAGCGCUGAGAACAAUUUUAUCCGAAUCAAGGGUCGCUUAAAAUACCUUGAACAUUUGAAAGGCAACCAAAAACCCGAUGUUUGUCCAAUUUGCAAGCAAGACCCCGAAGAACGUUACGCCGUACUGCAAUGCGGACACUCGCUAUGCAUGAUUUGCGUCAACAGCAUGGCAAAAUUCCAGAAAAAUCGGCUAUCUUGCGCUUUGUGUCGUCAUGUUCAAGCGUUUCGAGACGUUUUUUAUGUGACACUCACCGCGAAAGAUUGCGAAGUUGUUGGAAAUUUCUCCGCAAAAAUUCUGGCGAUCACGAAAGAAAUCUUGAAAAUACGACACGAAGACAAAAACGUAAAAAUUGUGAUUUUUUCGCAAUGGGAGAACAUUUUGACAAUGAUAACGAGCGCCUUGCAAACAAACAAGAUCGAUUUUGUGAUGCACACAAACACGGGAAAUCGCGGCGCCAAAAGUCACAUUGAAAUUUUCAAAACGGGACCGCAAACUUGCUUACUCAUGCCACUCGCUGCCGGAUCAAAGGGUUUAAAUCUCACGGAAGCCACACACGUCUUUCUCGUAGAACCGAUUUUGAACCCGAGCGAGGAGCUUCAAGCGAUUGGGCGCGUUCAUCGCAUCGGACAGACAAAACCGACGUUCGUGCAUCGCUUCAUCAUGAAAAAUACAAUCGAAGAAACGAUUUUCGAGACUGUCACGAACGACAAAUCCGACAAAUGGAAGUCCAAAGACCUCACCGUCGAAGAUUUGAAGAAACUUUUCGAGCUACGAAGCGAAUCUGCGGAUUUUCAAUGAAAAAAUUUGAUGAAAUAAUAAUUUAAACUUGAUACAUUUC